AUGGUAUAUUCCCAGAGAAGAGGUGCGGGAUCCCGGCGCCUGCUGCUCUCGCUUCUGCUCCUCGCAGCCUGGGAGGCGGGCAGUGGCCAGGUGCACUAGUCGGUCCCUGAGGAGGCCAAACAAGGCACCUUCGUGGGCCACAUCGCCCAGGACUUGGGGCUGGAGCUGGCGGAGCUGGUGCCGCGUCUGUUCCCGGUGGCAUCCAAAGGCCGUAGGGACCUUCUGGAGGUAAAUCUGCAGAAUGGUAUUUUGUUUGUGAAUUCUCAGAUCGAUCGGGAAGAGCUGUGCGGGCGGAGCGCGGAGUGCAGCAUCCACCUGGUGGUGAUCGUGGACCGGCCGCUGCAGGUGUUCCAUGUGGAGGUGGAGGUGAAGGACAUUAAUGACAACCCCCCAAGGUUUGCGACAAAAACAAACAUUAUUUUAGAGUCAAGAAUAGCGGAUUCGGGCUUCCCUGCGGAUUCUAGGUUUCCGCUAGAGGGCGCAUCUGAUAUGGAUAUCGGAAGAAACGCAGAACUGAGAUACAAGUUACAAGCUAAUGAAUAUUUUUACUUGGAUGUUAAAACAAAUGAAGAGGAAACAAACUUUUUAGAGCUAAUUUUGAAGAAACCAGUAGGUAGGGAAGAAACGCAAGAACAUCGUUUAUUGCUGAUUGCAAUUGAUGGAAGAAAACCUGAACUAACAGGUACAGUUCAGUCAUUGAUCAAUGUAUUGGAUGCGAAUGAUGAUGCCUCGGAAUUUGAUAAAUCAAUUUAUAAUGUCAGAAUACUGGAAAAUGCACCGAACGGGAUAUUAGUUAUUAAACUGAAUGCCUCAGAUGCAGGUGAGGGCAUUAAUAAGGAAAUAGUGUACCUCUUUAGUAAUCUUGUUCUUGACAACGUAACAUCUAAAUUUGUGAUCAAUCUAAUAGUGGGGAAAUAACAGUUCAGGGAAAGAAAACUGGAUUAUGAAGACUGUAAUUUAUAUGAAAUUAAUAUUGAUGCCGUUGAUAAAAGUCUAUUCCCAUUAAGACACUGCAAAGUAAUAGUGAAAAUCCUGGAUGAGAAUGAUAAUAGCCCAGAGAUGGUCAUAACCUCCUUAUCUCUGCCUGUGCAAGAGGACGCCCCACUGGGCACUGUCAUCGCCCUGAUCAGUCUGUCAGACCACGACUCCGGUGCCGAUGGGCAGGUGACUUGCACCCUGAUGCCUCAUGUCCCCUUCAAGCUGGUGUGCACCUUCAAGAAUUACUAUUCAUUGGUUCUACAUAGCGCCUUGGAUCGCGAGAGUAUGGCGAACUAUGAGGUGGUGGUGACCGCGAGGGACGGGGGCUCGCCUUCCCUGUCGGCCACAGCCAGCGUGUCCGUGGAGGUGGCCGACGUGAACGACAACGCGCCCGCGUUCGCGCAGCCCGAGUACACAGUGUUAGUGAAGGACAACCCGCCCGGCUGCCACAUCUUCACGGUGUCUGCGCGGGACGCGGACGCGCAGGAGAACGCGCUGGUGUCCUACUCGCUGGUGGAACGGAGGGUGGGCAAGCGAGCGCUGUCGAGCUACGUGUCGGUGCACGCGGAGAGCGGCAAGGUGUACGCGCUGCAGCCGCUGGACCACGAGGAGCUGGAGCUGCUGCAGUUCCAGGUGAGCGCGCGCGACGCGGGCGUGCCGCCUCUGGGCAGCAACGUGACGCUGCAGGUGUUCGUGCUGGACGAGAACGACAACGCGCCCGCGCUGCUGCUAUCCGGGCCGAGCGGCGGGGCGGGCGCGCUGAGCCAGCUGGUGGCGCGGUCGGUGGGCGUGGGCCACGUGGUGGCGAAGGUGCGCGCGGUGGACGCGGACUCGGGCUACAACGCGUGGCUGUCGUACGAGCUGCAGCCGGCGGUGGGUGGCGCGCGCAGCCCGUUCCGCGUGGGGCUGUACACGGGCGAGAUCAGCACGACGCGCGCCCUGGACGAGGCGGACGCGUCGCGCCAGCGCCUGCUGGUGCUGGUGAAGGACCACGGCGAGCCGGCGCUGACGGCCACGGCCACCGUGCUGCUGUCGCUGGAGGACAGCGGCCAGGCGCCCAAGGCCUCUUCGCGGGCGUCGACGGGCGCCGCUGGCGCGGAGGCCGCUCUGGUGGAUGUGAACGUGUACCUGAUCAUCGCCAUCUGUGCGGUGUCCAGCCUGUUGGUGCUCACGCUGCUGCUGUACACGGCGCUGCGGUGCUCGGCGCCGCCCAGCGAGGGCGCGUGCGGGCCCGGGAAGCCCACGCUGGUGUGCUCCAGCGCGGUGGGGAGCUGGUCUUACUCGCAGCAGAGGCAGAGGGUGUGCUCUGGGGAAGGGCCGCCCAAGGAAGAUCUCAUGGCCUUCAGCCCCAGCCUGCCUCAGGGUCCCAUUUCUACGGACACCGUGAGUCUCAAAACUCUUACAGCAAUUUUUCGUCAUGUCUUUAACAUGAAAUAUUUAAUAUUAUCCUCUAUCUUCUCUUUUUAUUUUAAAUUAUGGCUUUAUAAGUAAUUGUAUCCUUUUAGAUAUAAAUUCUCUUGGUACUAAUUCAUUUACUUAUAGUUACGCUUAAAAUUUAUUUUGUUUGAGAAAAUUGUUUUGCACUAUAGUGUUUAUUUCAGUAACAAUCCCCUUUUUAUAAGGUUUUAAAAGUUUGAGUUAAUGGACUAGUUUUCUGUGGACCGUAGAAAGUAUUUGCAGACUGAAAUUUUUAGUUGAACGUUUCAAUUUUCAAAUAUUAGUGUUGUAGUAAGAUACUUGUAAGAUACAUACUUGGCAUUAUUAUUUAUUGUCAAAGCCCCAUGUUGUAACUACAUAGAAAUAUUUAACAUCAUCGUGUCAAUUUGCCUUUUUUGUUCUCCAUAUACUGUCCAUUAUUUGAGUAUUUUUAUUACACAUAUUGAAUUAAGUUUUUCAGUAAUAUUUGUGCAUUGAAUGACUCUUUCAAGUCUGUUUAAAUGGUUGGC